UCUCUUCAAAACGAGGACCCAACACCGCAGGAUGGUUGGGAAAAAGACCAGGUUGCUGCUGUCCCUCCUCGGGAUCUCAGCGGCGACCUGGCCCGUCGGAGGCCUCCUCGAGCGGCAUCGUGCCGUGCCUGGCGUUUGGUUCUCUUACCGUACACGGUGCUUCAGUGUCUGUUUUGCCUGAGUACCGUACACUCUUAUUGAUUGUCGAAGGCCUGUCCGCGCCCAUUGUCGUCGGAGUGCAUAUAAAUGUUGAGAUUGUCGGAGUAUCGUUGGAACAGCAUUUUCCUUGGUUAUCUCAACUGUCCAUCUAGUUAUUGCUUGUGAUUUGCCUUCUUGUAGAGCGAGUCCACGUUUUUAUAUAUGGAGUUUGUUUCAUCUGAAUUGUCAGGCGCGGAUUUUCUUGCUUCAGAUUGGACAGAUACGGCGUUGUUUACUUCCGAGUCUCUCGCGUGUUUGUCUGCUCGUUGGUCUACGGUCGAAGUGUGUGUUAGUGAUCUAUAAUGCCGUGUUCGCCCUUCGUACGGAGGUGAGUCUCGCAUGCAUGAGCGAGACCAGCUGUAUGGGCAUGGUGUCAAAGUUUCUCAAUCGAAGUUGCGCCGCCUGCGGGCGAAACGUGUCAGGUAUCGUUUGUGGUCCACGGCUCGGGGGCCAGAUCCGUCGUGCCUUGUUCGCGCGGGAAUUUUCGCGCCCAGAUAUUAUCGGAAUUUCUGCUCGGACGAUUCUGAGGAAGAGGAGUGGGUUGAGGACACUUGUGGAACACAGACUGAUAUGGAUGCUGUUGAAUUGGCUGGCAACUCUUUGUGUUCGCAGUGUUCCGAAUGUGGGACUCAGACAGAUCCCUGUGUUCACAUUGAGUGUGGGACUCAGACUGAUCUUUGUGUUCUCUCUGUUGGUGAGGAGGAGAAGGAGUGUCAUCGAGUGCGCGCUGAUCCGGGUGAUGCUUCUGCAGUUGGGAGUUCCUGUGCAGUCGGGGGUUCCACUGUUCGGAGUGCAGUAGGAAGUUCCACAGUUCGGAGUUCCGCUGAUGCAGUUGUUGAUGCAGUUGUGAGUUCAACAGCUGGGAGUUCUGCAGUUUUGAGUACCGCGGUUUGGAGUUCAGCUGAUGCUGUGGCAUCGAACCCUGGCUGCAAGGACGAGGAGGAGGAGAAUGUUCAUAGUGAAGCAGUUGCUAAGAUGGAGCAGGAGGAGGUGGCUGAGGAGGAUUUUGUUCAUGCGUUUUUCCUGGCUUAUAGCGAUAGUAACGUGACCAAAAGUUCAACACUUGGGAGUGCAGUAGGAAGUUCUGCACUUGGGAGUGCAGUAGGAAGCUCCACAGUUCGGAGUUCCGCUGAUGCAGUUGAGGAUGCAGUUGGGAGUUCAACAGCUGGGAGUUCUGCAGUUGGGAGUUCAGCUGAUGCAGUAGGGAGUUCCAUGAAUGGGAGUUCUGCAGAUCGACCGAGUGAGACGCGCUCUGAGUGCCAAGCUGCCAGGGACUGGGCCCGUGCCGGUGUCGAUGUAAGGGCUCUUUGGCUUGAGCUACACCGACUCCCGACACAGGAGCUUCAGCGUAGGAUUGAGGCUCUUAAUGCAUACAGGCUGCAAUUGGGAAUUGAAAGUUCCGAGGAGGAUCAUUCGCAACAAGGGGGCCCUCAGAGUUCUACUUCCAGGAGUGCAUUGACGCGGAGCGGCAAGAAGCAUCGGAAACGGCACAGAUGAUGCACAUGUGAUUGAUCCUGCACGCUUGAUUUGUCAUUGCGUUGCCUUUCUUCAUGCCUGUGUGUGUUGUCGUGCAUGCGCGUGAAAGUGACUUUCCGUGAUUUGUCACGUGGUGCCUCAAAAUAGGCCUUUGAACCUCGCUGUUUUUCACUUUGUUUCAUUUUCUUACUUGCAUUCUGACCUUUAAUAUCUUGUACAUUCUCAGUGGUGUUGAGACGCUAAUCGCUGUAUAAACCAGUGGUUACUGUAUGGUCUCUCACUGCUUUUAUUUUCAUCUUUGAGUUGCAUUCUCGUGUAUUGUAUACUUGUGCAUUCCUGUACAGCUUCGCUGUUUGUGCACUUGUACUUAAUCUCUGCAGCUUCGCUGCUUAGGUUCUUUGUGUUUAGGCCUGCUCCCAUGGGAGCGUGAACCGGCCUUCGCAAAAGACGCAAAAAGACCAGGUUGACGGUUCACCGCCGGCGCCAGUUCACUUCAGGGAACCGACCUCGUAUUGACAUCGAAAAAUACCUCGUAGAGCUUUUCGUUGGCGAUGAGCUAGAGGAAUUCCGGCGCGGGCUCCUCAGGCUGCCCCCUGGGCGGCCGUGUGCGCGCGGGCGGGCCGUGCGAUGGCGGCUUGAGCACCUCUUGUCUCUGCAGUGGGUGGAGUCAGAUUUGUUGUGUGAGUACCCCUUGCUGUGUGGUGCCAUGACAACGCAAUUUUGUACCUCGUCGACUUCUACUUUGUAUGCCAUACCCUAUCCCGUUUCUUCUUUCCCAUCCUCGUCGUGGCGGCGGAGAGCGAGAAGGCUGAGACUCGCCAUGUUUCGACAAGCCCUCUUUGACAUCCAUACUCUGCAGUGCGUUCCAGUGGGGAUGCAGUCUCCAGAGGUGGUGCAGUCUCCAGCCGUGGUGCAAUCUCCAGAGAUCCGUGUGCUAGAGGCUCUGGGCGUGAUGACUGAGUCAUUCGAAGGAGUCGCUAAACCCGAUGGGCCAACUGAUCGUGGGAAAGCUUUCUCGUCUUAUUCUGUUGCUUAUUCUCCAGAUGCGGUGCAGUCUCCAGAUGGUGUGCUGGGUUCUGUUUCUUUUUUUCCUGGUGUUCAGAAUUAGGAGCUGCAGGACGAGGAGUUGCAGAAUGAGGAUUUGCAGAGUGAGGAGGUGCUGAAUGAGCAGUUGCAUUAUUCUCAUCAUAAAAUUCUUUGGCUUCUGUUGAUCCAGGUGUUCUGAAAGAGGAGUUGCAUGAUGAGGAGUUGCAGGGUGAGGAGUUGCAGAAUGAGGAGUUGCGGAAUGAGCAGUUGCAUUAUUCUCAUCAUAAAGAUUCUAUGGCUUCACACCCUGGGAGUUCCACGACUGGGAGUCUAUCUAAUGCAGUUGUGAGUUCAGCAGUGACGGAGGACGAGUGUCAAGCUGCCAGGGACUGGGCCCUUGCCGGUGUCGAUGUCAGUGCUCUUUGGCGUGAGCUACACCGACUCCCGAGACGGGAGUUUCAGCGUAGGACUGAGGCUCUUCAUGCAUACGGGCUGCAAAUGGGAAUUGAAAGUUCCGAGGAGGAUGAUUCGCAACAAGGGGGUCCUCAGAGUUCUACUUCCAGGAGUGCAUGAACGCGGGGCGGCAAGAAGCAUCGGAAACGGCACAGAUGAUGCACAUGUGAUUGAUCCUGCACGCAUGUUUUGGUCUGCCCCCCCUCUCUUACCCCCGCUGUUUCUGCCCCUGGGCUCGCUUUGACUCUUUGGGCUUCUCUCGCUCUCCCGCUGGCUUUCCUUCCGCUCUCCGCUGGCAGGUCUCAUAAGUGGAUUUGUUACGCUCUCUUUGCUUACAUUUGAUUUUCAAUUCAUUCCUUAUUCUGUGUUGCAUUCACGUCAUGUUUCACGUGCGUGGUCUUUCAGUGGUGCUGAGACGGUAAUCGCUGUAUAAACCAGUGUUUACUGUAUGGUCUCUCACUGCUUCUUGCUUUGCUGUUUGUACAUCUCUGCAUCUUCUUAAUUUUCAUAGUUGACUCUUAGUGGGUUUUACGCUCUUGGGCAUUGCUGUGCAGCUUCGCUGUUAGUGCGCUCAGCGUUUGCUCUCAGGCUCUGUUCUGAGUUGCUUUGUGUUUCGGUCUGCCUCCGUGGAGGCUCGAAUCGACCGUCCGCAAGAGACCGCAAAAAAAGACCAGGUUGACGCUUCACCGCCGGUGCCAGUUGUUUUUUCAUGCCGACAUGCAGUUGGUUCCCCC